AUGGCCGAGCUCUCUAAUGAUUCGGAUCCACGGUCCGCCCAUGCAGUGCAACAAAAGAGCGUUUCUCGAGACUAUUCGGGCCCUACCAAUGUUCAUGUGUCGCAAGAUAUGAACACUGGUCGCCCAUUACCGCUCGAGCCAGACUACAAUUCCACCGAGAGUGCCAAUUACCCUAUGCGUGUCAAGCAAAUCGAAACGCCUGGCAAGUCAUUGAGCAGGUAUUCCGAUGCGCACACUGCUUCUUGGGUUGACUCCACAGGCAGUCAAGGACCCGUCACGUCAAGGAAUGCGCCGGAGAACGCCAUCGACUCAUCGGAGACGUCCAGCAACGUCAAGGAGAUGAAUCAAUGGGAAGCUUUCAUCAAGAAACACGAGCGCGUAGUCGGCCUUCGCAUUCGUGCGUGUGAUCUACGACGAAGAUGCGUCCAGGGUCGCAAAGAAAUCCGACGCCUGGAGGGCUACACCAGUCGCGGAUUAUUUGGUCCGAUACCGAGUGGCUCAAACCUCUUCGAUGCAGUCGAAGCGCUCGAGAGGGAUGAGCAGCGGCUGGACGAGCUCGAUCAGAUGAUAAUCUCUGCAGAACAAGAGAUGACCAGAGCAGCGCCUAAAUUGCUAAGGAGAAUGCGAAAAUCUCUACCGUCGAUGAUCGAAAAGCACCAGCUCGACUUCCGUGGCGAGUCCAGCGUCAGCACCGAAGCCGCUUCCAGUGCGCUUGAUGACCCACUAGAUCCUACCGCUGAGGAGAUGGACGACAAGCAAAAGCAGAUGAAUAAGCUAGAGAAUGAAGUCUUGGCCCUGCGCGGUAAACGAGAUCGACUAGCUGAGAUCCUGAGCGACCAGGAGGAAGAGAACCAAGAGGUAUAUCCUGAACAGUGGAAUGAGGAUCUCGCAGAACUACAGGAUCUGAAAGGGCAGAUCGACAACAAGCUAUCGCAACUUGGCGUUCUCAAGACUGAAAUUGAUCACAUGCGCGAUCAAGCCAUGAAUGGUGAUGAUGACUACGACCGCCUGCCUCCGCCGACAGCUCGGCCAAGUGCCAGCCUUGCUCGAAAUCUGGCAUUUAUCUACCACCCACCUGCAGCUGUGGCAAGUACAAAUCCCGAGUCGACGGUUCCUGAGUCGGACUCAUCAAAUACCACGAUCAGAGCGCCUACAGAGGUGAGCAUGAGCGAAGAUCCUCUAUCACGUACACUGCCAAUAUUCGACGAAGAUGAGGUGGACUGGGAUACCGGAGGCACACAACCAACGCGAGCCAAAAGUUCACUGCAUCUUGUUGAAUUUGGACAUCACGACGCUGAUGCUGUGCCAAACCCUCCGAAGGAAACGCCACCGCAAACAUAA